CUGCAGCCUGGAUACUGUGUGUGUGAGAGAACCAUCGAGGAAGGGUGUGGUGUAAGUUUAAUGCAGAAUCCUUUCACCAGUAAAGCCCCAGUGUUGCACCGAGAGCUGUUGUAGAGAGAGGGAGGAGGAUGGCUGCUAUCCGCAAGAAGUUGGUGGUUGUCGGGGACGGUGCUUGCGGGAAAACCUGUCUCCUGAUCGUCUUCAGCAAGGACGAGUUCCCGGAGGUCUAUGUGCCCACCGUGUUCGAGAACUACGUGGCGGACAUCGAGGUGGAUGGUAAGCAGGUGGAGCUGGCUCUGUGGGACACGGCGGGUCAGGAGGACUAUGACCGCCUGAGACCCCUGUCCUACCCGGACACCGAUGUCAUCCUGAUGUGCUUCUCGGUGGACAGCCCGGACUCGCUGGAGAACAUCCCGGAGAAGUGGGUGCCCGAGGUCAAGCACUUCUGCCCGAACGUGCCCAUCAUCCUGGUGGCCAACAAGAAGGACCUGCGGAACGACGAGAACGUGCGCAACGAGCUGGCCCGCAUGAAGCAGGAGCCGGUGAAGACAGAGGAUGGCCGCGCUAUGGCCGUGCGCAUCGGAGCCUACGACUACCUGGAGUGCUCGGCCAAGACCAAGGAGGGGGUCCGGGAGGUGUUCGAGACCGCUACCCGAGCAGCCCUGCAGAAGAGAGCCAGACCCAGCAGCGGCUGUGCGAACUGCUGCUCCGUCUUAUGAUGCUGCCUGUUACACUCACUCUCACCCCUGUCUCUCCGGGGAAACUGAGCUCUCUCCCCAAUAACAUUCAUCUCUCUCUCGCCUUGGACAGUCCAGCGGGGGAUGGAGCAACUGGGGAUUGACUGACUGAGGAGGGAGGGGUUUUUGUUUUGGGGAAUAGGAGGGGGGGGGGGAAACGAUCCUUCCUCCUGAAGGUUUGGUGGAUCCACUGAGGGGAUAUUUUGAUAAGCUUUCCACAUCACUGACUGCAGCAGGGACUGAACUGAACACUCUGGGGUUGGGGGGGAAGGGAGGGGUAUGUGCGUGGUGUUGUGAUGAGGGGGUGGGGUGCACCCUGGGACUAGACACGUAUUUCGAUGUUUGUUUGUUUUUUCUCUUUAAAUUAUCUAAGCAUUUUUUCUCACCAAGAAAAGAUUAGGACCGUGUUUAAUACCCUCUCGUCUGCUUUUGGCUGUAUGUGGUAGACGAAAGGAAACAAUGGAAUAACUACUUGUCAAGGGGUGGGGAGAUGUUGGUCACUGAUCCUGGCUCCCCUUUUUGGGGGUAUCUAGUUGCACCGAGACUCGAGCACAAGAGCAGCCCCUGUUCGGAGACACACUGGACACGACCCUUUAGCUCUUGUUAUUUGUGGGUUUCUUGCCCCCUCGCCAUCUCUCUACAUCCAAGAUUGUGUUCUCAUCUCCAAACCGUUCGAUGUGACUUUUUAAAAAGAAUAUUGCUCUGGCAUCACAGACAAAAGUUUAAGGGGCACAUUUUUUAAAAAAAGCGAUUUGUUUUGAGGAGUUGAAAGAUGGAUUUUCUGUGCGCUGACUUUUUUCUGGUCUGAAAGGAAAAAGACUACCCUUUUAAAGAGACUGAAAAGUACAUUUAAUAUUUUUGAUACGUCUCCCAUGUGGGUUCUUGAGGUUAAUCAGUCUCUGUUUUAAACAAAAAAGGACAAGCAACAAAAAUGGCGAAGCUACUAAGUGAAGCUAAGACGUGCGUUUGUUUACAUGAUUCUAGAGUGAAUUGUAAGCUGUGUAAACUCAUUUUCACAAAAGUAUUAAAUAUAAUCGGACCGCG